AAGAGUGACAGGGCCGUGCGAGCUGGGGCCCGGCGCAGACAGGCUGGGGCCGGCGGCGGGCGGCGGUGGGGGGGGCGGUGUGCGUGUGCAUGCGGCGGGGGUGGGGCAAUGGGGGGAGCUUCUGCUGCACUGGCCGCCCACGUUGGGGGGCGAGCUCGGUGGUGACGCGCGGCCCUCACGUGACCCGGAGCUGCAGAGCGACGCAGCCUUCGGUGCAGUCGUCAUUCGCGUCUGGCGACCAGCUCCCCGCUGCCCUGCGCUCGGCGGGCUGGCAUCGGGCCCGGGAAAAGCGGAGCAGGUCUGCGGGGCUGAGUGUGGCGGCGGCGCACCUCGCGGCGAGAACCGGCGGGAGGAGGACACUGCGAGGACAGGCCCAGGAAAACGAAGAAAUGGAGCAGCCCAUGCAGAAUGGAGAGGAAGAGCGCCCUUUGGGAGGAGGCGAAGGCCAUCAGCCUGCAGGAAAUAAUAGACGGGGACAGGCUCGCCGACUUGCCCCUAAUUUUCGAUGGGCCAUACCCAAUAGGCAGGUCAAUGAUGGGAUGGGUGGAGAUGGAGAUGAUAUGGAAAUGUUCAUGGAGGAGAUGAGAGAAAUCAGGAGAAAACUUAGGGAGCUGCAGUUGAGGAAUUGUCUGCGUAUCCUCAUGGGGGAGCUCUCUAACCACCAUGACCAUCAUGAUGAAUUUUGCCUUAUGCCUUGACUCCUGCCAUUUUCCAUGAGAUGAAUACUGUGAUUCCCACUGUUUUCUUUUUCCUUGCAUUUUCCUGAUAUGCCUUUACUGAUCCGUUUGCUGUGAACCUUAUGUUAUUUCCAUGUGUCAGGUGGGUCUUGUGUUGCCAGCUUCUAAUUGGAGAUUGCCUUUGCACCCAAAGUUUCUGUCAGCAGUACACUUUCACCCAUUUGCAUGGAAAAAUGUAAAGUUAAUAAAGCACCUAAAAAGCAA